AGCUUCAGGAACAUGAAGUGGAAAAGAAUAAAAGGAAAUGAGUAUAUCGUCGCGUUUACGUGUGCUUGUGAAAGUGACGACAUGCGCUUGGUCGUUUCCGUCUCGGAUUUUAGUAAUUUAUACACAACUGAUUACUCCCGGAAGGAUUUGAUCCGUGAUAACCCAAGAUUCAACGAGUGCGAGUUUCGCGAAGACGUUAUACUUGAUUGGUUGUACGACACUUUGAAGCAGUCUCCUGGGGAUAAUUUUUCGGUUUGCGCAAUUGGAGACCGAGAAGUACGUUUGAACUUCGGUUGCGAGUACUUGCACCGGGAGUUCAAAUGGGAGUUUCUGGUGCCAGUCGCCCGCGGAAAUCAAUUUCUCAAGUAUGUGAUGGAGCCGCCAGUGAGACUUGUGUUGGAUCUCUUGGAACAGCGUGAAGAAUUAUUCCGUUUGCUAGAAGCAAAAGAUGUGCAGAUUCACGAAUUGGAGUCGUCGGGUGAGAAGCUCAAAACGUUGGCAUUUGACAAGAAAACAUUUGUGGAUGGUUUUCGUUUGGAAAAUGCCUUUGAAGAUCCUUUGGUAAAGCUUUUCACGCAAAAUGGUAUUUCUUUGGAUGAGAGGUGUUCGAAGUAUUUCUCGAAUCCCGGUGGUAGUCAGCUUACAAAACCUGCGGAAAAAAGUGCAAUAAACGACGUAUCAAGUCCGAUUAAGUCAGGGAACGCACCUCCAAAGCCAAGUCCACGGAAAGUUUUAUCGCAAGAAGAUAAAAUCAAGCGAAGGCGGCAGUUGGCUUCCGAGCUGAAAGCCGGUCAUACGAAAGAUUCUGGGAAACGGUCGAAAAAGUGUGCGCGUUAUUUAAAGAUGCCAUCGGUUACUUUUAGCGAUGAGCGUCUUCCAUCACGGAGUACAGAUGUCGCUGUAGAUGCGUACACGCACAGCAGCAACGAUGUAGUCCAUUUGAAAUUGGUUCGGAAUGCUGCCGAUUUUGAAGACGAAGAGAAGGAAUUCAAUCCUGGGAUGACGCAUCAAAUCUACGGAGCAGAUGAGGAAAUUUUCGGGUUCAAAACGGUGGACAUCAAGCUUUUCUUCACCGCUGCAAAUUUGAGAAUGUUUCUGAAAAUUAAAGCAAGCGACCCUAUCAAAGACAGCAGUGGUAAAGCUCUGCCUUCCGUGGUUAGUAGACUGGCUCAUUUUUUCCUUCGGCAAGACGAUUUAGAGAAGCCUCUGCGAAUGAUCUUACCGAAAGAAGGAAUAAUGACGAAUCCAGACGAUUUUUUGAAACUGCUGGAUGAGGAGCACAAGUUCAAACCGUUCGGAUCUAAGGUCCACUCUUUCACAAGAGAAGACAACGAUGGAUCUUACGAAAUUUACCGUUGUGACUUGAUCACGUCACCUGGUUUUCUAGAAUUUCACGAAAGGUUGCAAACGUUUGUGCUUCUCUUCAUCGACGGCGGGAGUUAUAUCGAUACUGACGACGACAAGUGGCAGUUUUUCAUCCUGUACGAAAAGUAUAAGGAUGAAACGGGAGUCCCUCGAUAUGCUGUUGCAGGGUAUUCAACGAUCUACGAGUAUUACGCGUAUCCCGACAAACGGCGUCCUAGGAUUUCUCAGUUCCUUAUUCUACCGCCGUUUCAACGGUUCGGAUUAGGGACCGAAUUGUUGCGUUCCGUAUACCGUUACUACCAAUGCUCGCCGCUCAUCGUAGACAUUACAGUAGAAGAUCCAAGUGAUGAGUUUCAGAUGCUCAGGCAUUACGUGGACUCGUCCAUGUGCCGCGAAUUGCCGGCCUUCCAGCCUGCUCUCUUGAAGAAAGGUUUCACAAAAGAAAUGUGCCUGCAAGCGAAUGAAAAUUUCAAGUUGAAUCCGAAACAAGUCCGUCGCGUAUACGAGAUUCUGCGCCUGGGGGUGACAAAUCUACAAGAUCCAGCGGAUUUGAAGGAAUAUAGACUCGACAUCAAGAAGAGGCUCUUUUCUAUGAACAAGGAAAAUUCUCGAGCAUUGAAAUUCAACGCCACCUCCAACAAAGAUAUCAAGGAACUGCUGAUGACGACGUGUAAUCCCGACGUCAUGAAGCAACAGCUGAAGGAACUGUACGAUUCCGUUUUCCCGAUCUAUUUGGAAAUAUGGUCAAAAGUUGAAAGAUCUGGAAAGCACUAAAAUGCCUGUGAAGAUUUGAAUUGUUCAUUUCAGCGAGUACCUUGCUCAACGAUGCCGAUCUUUGCUUAGGUUUACAAAUUUUUUACUUAGAUCAAUCAGUUCGAUCCGGGUUUUUUUUUUUUUUAAUUAGCGUUUCUCUGAAAAAUCUUGUUGCGGGUAUAAUUUUAAUAUAGUUUCUUUAUACA